AAAGUGAUGCAAUAUGCCAGGAACGACGGAAAGACGCGUACAUUGCUUUAAUCUGUAAACCGACCCAAAUAAAUGUUAACAUUAAUGUAAAUAGUGUGUUAGUGUGAUAAAAGAUUGAAGGAGUGAUCGAACACAGUUAAAAUGGAAAAUGUUUAUUUGGUACGGUGACGUCAUUCAAGCGACAAGAAGGUCAAAUGGACCACGAGCGACGUCCAAUUGUAGCGCCGUGAACGGGUCCGCAAAAUCAAAACGAAAACACGGAGAGCUUUUGUUCUCUAUUCGUAUCAAACAGAGAAAAAUGCCAAAAGUAAAGAGAAGUCGGAAGCCACCCCCAGACGGCUGGGAGCUCAUCGAGCCCACUUUGGACGAGCUGGAUCAGAAAAUGAGAGAAGCUGAAACGGAGCCUCAUGAGGGAAAGCGAAAGGUGGAGUCCCUUUGGCCAAUUUUCAGACUGCAUCAUCAGCGGAGUCGAUACAUCUACGACCUCUUCUACAAAAGGAAAGCCAUCAGCAGAGAGCUGUAUGAUUACUGUAUAAAGGAAGGCUAUGCAGAUAAGAACCUGAUUGCCAAGUGGAAGAAGCAGGGCUACGAGAACCUGUGCUGCCUGCGUUGUAUCCAAACCCGAGACACCAAUUUUGGAACCAACUGCAUCUGCAGAGUCCCCAAGAGCAAGCUGGAAGUUGGAAGGAUCAUUGAAUGCACCCACUGUGGAUGCAGAGGAUGUUCUGGCUGAGUGCUAACAUGCCGCCUCUAUCCGUUGGGCAUCGGGCUCACCCAGCCACCAUCUGUGCACUCAAAACCCCCAAAACAACAUUGUCUUUAUUUCAGUCAAACAAAUCACGGAUAUCUUCGCCAUCAUCCUCAGUUGCCCUGAAAGGGGGUCAGUUUUGAACAUGGGCGCAAAGGAGAAUACACAGAGGGGCCAUAUUCUAUUACUUUUUGUUUUUCUACUUAACUAAGCCCUCAACUCCAAAAGCUCAAAGUAGAAAGUUGAGGUCAGCUAUUUCUGGAUAAGGCCUGUCAUUCCAGCUAGUCAUACCCACUGUGAUCAUUUUGUUUUUCAUUUAACUUGAGGGCUGGGAGGGAGGAGUUUAGUUUUGAAAUGUCAGUUUUAAUCCUCAACAUGUUGUCUUCAUCAUUGUUCUUGUAGUGUAAUUUUAAAUAAAACAAAUCUGAUUUACCUGAGCUUACUUUUUGUAUUUUGAUGUAGAUCCAAUUUGACUCACGUUUCAUUGUUCUUGAUCAACGCCUAAUUCAUCUCAUGAAAUAAAAUAAAAAACAUUGACUGUA